UCGGACAGUUUUGUACUUCUUGAUUGCUGUAGCUAAGAAAACGCCACAGUGCAUGUGCAGUCUCCCCUCCCAGUCUGUCGGGUCUUCAAAGAGUGAGCCCUAUAAUUAGAAGGCGGACCUUAGGACACCUCCCCUCCCAGGCUGGGCUCCUCCACAACCCAUCCCAGUCUCUGCUGAGACACUCACAAACGUUCAGCACCUCCUAGGAGCCGCAUUUACUUAGGCAUGGCAGCAGCAUCAGUGCUGGAGGAAGAAGUCAGAUAUGGUUCAAGCCCACUGGCCAUGUUAACUGCUACCUGCAAUAAAUUUGGAGGAAAUAGUCCAAUCAGGGAUUCUGCUACUCCUGGUAAACCAGUCCAUAAUUCAGGAAAAAAGCUGUAUUCUCUCAAUUCAGAUAUUUCCAUUUCCAAAAGCAGAACACCUGACAUGAUGGGGGAUUCCUACACAAGUUUUACCACAGGAAAUGGCCUCAUGUCUCCCUCUGCAAGCCCACAGGCCUCCUCUACCUACAGCACAGAUUAUAGUCCAUUUUCACAUUCAUUCCAAACACCUUCUGGUUCUCCAGAGCCUUCAUUGCUUGUGUCCAAGAGUCAUACAACUGCUGAGUGCUUACCUAGUGUAUAUACUUCCUUGGAUGUGGCACAUACUUAUGGACCCUGGUAUAAAGCUGGUAUUCAUCCUGGUUCUAGUAAUUCAACUGCCCCUUGGUGGGAUAUGCACUCUAAUACUAACUGGCUCACUGCCCAGUCUCAGUCUGAUGGUCUUCAAGCUUCUCUACAAUCUGUGCCAACUCAGACAUCCAUUAACACACAACUAUCCAGUUAUAACUCAGACUUCACAACUUUGAGUCCUGCCCCCUACCCUACAGUAGGAAUUGGCUCUUCAUCUCAUCUCCUUUCAUCAGGACAACACAUGCUUUCUCAAGACAUGUAUAAACCUAAACCAGUUUCCAGUAAUUCCCUGAUGGAAGGCUCAAUAGGACUCAAAUCAUCAAGAGGAAACUCAUUUGGUGGUACAACAAGGUCAUCAUGUGACUGUCCCAACUGCCAGGAACUUGAACGACUGGGUGCUUCAGCUGCAACUUUGAGGAAGAAGCCUAUCCAUAGCUGUCAUAUCCCAGGCUGUGGAAAAGUCUAUGGCAAAGCAUCUCACCUGAAGGCUCACCUGAGGUGGCAUACUGGAGAAAGGCCUUUUGUCUGCAAUUGGCUGUUCUGUGGCAAGAGAUUUACAAGGUCCGAUGAGCUGGAACGGCAUGUCAGAACACAUACUAGAGAGAAGAAAUUUACCUGCAUGCUCUGUAACAAGAGGUUCACCAGAAGUGACCACCUGAGCAAACACCAGAAGACCCACACUGAGACUGGAGGAGUUAAGGCAGUAAAUGAAGGAGAGGCUGAUAGAGAAGAUGGAGCCACAGCAGGUUCUCCCACCAGUAGGAUGCAAGAGGGUAUGUCCAGCAAUGAUGAUAAAGCAGCUACUAGCGCAGAACAAGGUGGACUGCUGGAAAUUUAAGGAUCUGUCAGAAAUUUGGAGUGUUUGAUAUAAUAUUAAUUAAAAUAAAAUAUUGGAAGUGCUCUGGGAUUGUACAUACAGAGAAGGAGCAAGAACUCAACAGUAUGCAAUUUGCAGGAAGAUGGAACAGAAUAUUUUCAUCAAAGCAAUAACCAAGAGAAAGACAUUUAGAUGGAGACAUUCAGCAUCUCCUAACAAAAACUUGUCUGGGCACAAGUGUCCAUAUUUUUAAAAGUGUUGAGUAAACUAUUUCUAUGAAGGUUGGAACUUGCUACGGACAGCAAAUAUUUCUCCUGAAGUGCCUGGACAUCCAUGUGCUCUUGCAUUUAAUUUAAUCUAUAAAUGUAAUAAUUCUAUUUAUGUGUUAACUUAUAAUCAUUGUAUUGGCCUGCUUUCAAAAUAGAUGCUGAAACAUAACUUGAAGGCAAACACUAAAAACUGAAAAAUAUUUAACAUGUUUUUAGAAAUGCCUGAAGAAAUGAGAUCUUGGCACAACACAUGGAAAACAAAUGCAGGCUACUUUUUGUCCUUUGUAAUGUGUUGGAUAAUCUGUAAUUCAGAGAUGGGGGAGUUUAAUUGCUUAAGGCAUUAAUUGUAAUAAAAUUAAAAGUAUACUUGAUUUGUAUCUUAAAAGGAAACAUUAACUCAGAACAUAAGAGAUGAUGACGUAUACAUGUGUAUUCAUUUCUUUUUGUCAUCUUUUUUGUUAUUUGGCUUCGUCACCUCAUCCUCAUUUUAACUAGUUUAUAUAAAUUUUGCUCAUUUCAAUUUUCCUCAUUUGUCAUGUCUGUUCAUUUUGUUUUUAUUUAAGACUAACCUUUUAACUUCAUUUCAGUUUCUUGGUUGUUAAUUCAUGUUUCUCAUUUACCCCAGUGUGUUCUUUCUUUCUUCCUUUCCUCCAUAAUGCACUUUCUCUAUCUUUCAUUAUUUUUAUUUUUUUCUAACUCUGUUCCAUCAGAUUCAGUUCUCCCUCUCUUCUCUUUUUGAAUAGGUCAACCAGACUAUAAAAAGCCAGCAAACUCUGAUUAUAUGUGAUAUUAAUAAAAAACAUCUUAUUCAAAUCCAAAUCUUUAGCUUCUUCUCUAAGGAUCAAGCAGCAGGGGGCUGUGAUAUGUAGGUAGUAUGAAGUCUGCCCUUUAUGUACAUUAAAGUAAAUACUUGUACAGAACAAAUAUGUCAUUUUUUAUCAGAAUGCAAAAGAAUAUUAACUGAGUGUGUCAGGCCACCCAUAAUGCUUCAAAUAGGGUACAGGUCAUAUACUAUCAGUAAAAGUUUUAUGACAUUAGCAGAUGUAACAGUGCACUGUGAUUGAUGGAAUGUAAUUGUGUAGUUGUGGUGUUACUUCUAGUAAAUUGUAUGUCAUGGGUAAUUACCUACCUGAAGAUUUACUGCUAUUUCUAAACAGUUAAAAGAGAUAGUUUCAAUCACAGCACUGCAUUUUAGGGUGUGCAUAACAAAGGGGUAAUUGAUUAUGUGCAUAAGUAAUGAAUAUUUUUUUCCUUAGGUGUGUAAAGCCAUUCAUAUCCUGUGUCCUGUUAUGAUUUAUUAAUUUAAUGAAGUAAGAAAGAAGAACAUCACCAAAAAUUAUGUUAAACUUGUUUUUACUUUAGGAUGGCAAAAAAGUAUUUUUACUGCUUAGGUAUUUGUCAGUGGCCUUUUACAAAUGGAGUACAGAAACAAAAUUAACUUAAGUUUUAUUUCUUGUUUUUAAAAAUAAAUUGUAAUUGAAAAUAUGCUGCAACAAGUUAGUACUUUGUGUUAACUUGAGAUAUUUCCUGUUUCAUUUUAAUUGAAUUGCUAUGCAACAUAUACGUUCUUAAAGCUGCAAUAUUUGUUAAUAUGUGUACAGCUGGGUGCACAACAUUUUUUCGGAUGAAAACAUCUAUCUACUAAUUUUCAUAUUUUUUUUCUGAAUUAUUUAUUGUACAUUGCAACAGUUCUGAAAGAAGUUACUACUUUACUAAGUUAACAAAAAGCAAAUUAAGUGCAUUGGUGCUCAGUUUUCUGUUUUUUUUUAAUAUAAAGUACAUACCAGUACAGUCUUGUAAUACUUUUACAUAUUACAAAUGAACAGCAUAAAAUGAACUAAAACAAGAGAUUCACUUGUAGUUGGUAAGAAGUAAUUCAUUAUAGUUUCUGAAGUAUACAAUAUAAAAGCUGAAAUUAAAAAAAAAUCAUAAUUUUUAAGACAAGAAACGUAUGCUAUGUAUACAGUUUAUACUAGCAAAUACAGUUAAUUUAUUUUCUUUAUACUUUGAAAAUUUAAAAAGGCAUUUUUGUUUUGCACUUUUAUCUUCAGCUCAUAGUAUUUUGAGUCUAAAAGAAGUCAAAUUCAGUAUUUGUAAGAAAAUCAGACUGAGCAGCUGUUUUGUAAAUAAGUAUUUUAAAGCCUUAAGGUAUACCUUUAAAAAUAUUUAUUUUUUUACAAUGCUGUGUAAUUAUUUACAUCCCAAUUUAGUUUGAAGAUUUGUAUGGGUCCUUUAUAUUCUGAAAUAAUGGUGGUAAACCCUCCAUUCAUCUGUUUUUAUUUUUAUUAACCACUAGAGAAGGUGUUUCCCAGCACCCCUGUAACAGAUUUCAUUAAGACUAAUUACUAAAUGAGGCUUAAUCAGUUGUGCUUCUAAAGACCAUUCACAGUAUCUAAGAAACUAUAGCUUUCUAUAUUCUUAGCUAUCAAAAGCCCAGCUGGAAUGCAUUGCAAUUUCAUAAAAAAUACAAUUUGUUCUUGGAAUGGAUAAUUUCAAAUUAUGAAAUAGGAAUCAUGGCUAGGCUUAAGGAAAGCAUAGCCAGGCUUAAAAAGGCCCCUUGCCUCAGUAACCUAGUAUUCUUCUAUGAUACGAUUAAAUGUAGGGUCAUUGUACUUCCACAACUUGUGAAGCACUUGACUGUUGGCUUUAUAUGUUUUAGUUUUCCCUAAGAACUACUUAUUUCCAUAGAACUGCAUAUACGACCUGCAUAUACAUUGAGAUGGCAGUUCCCAAAAGCCAUAUCUGUAUUGCAAGACUUCAAGCAAGUGAAUGACCUGAAUUGUUACUCCUAAGUUAUCUUUUGGCAUGUGUGCCUUAUCUUAUUGCAAAAUCACAAAAUAACAAAAUGUAAACUCUGUAAUAUACUUUCAAAUAAAAAUAAAAUUCCAGGAAAUGGUGCUUUUGCACCUGAAGAAAAUGUUUCAUAACAUUUGGACAUAUCAAUGUUACUAUAUAAAAUAUUACACCCACAAAGCAUUAGAGAGUUUAGUUCCCAGAAUUUGAUGAUGUAGGCUGGGCAUUUUCGCUAAGUGUUGAGAGACGAUAACAACUCAUUCUAGGCAGAAAAGCUGAGCAGCUUAAGCUAUUUGCUUGCAUAAGACCUCUGCUUAAAGAGCUGCAUCAGUCCCUCCUUUUGUUUAUCACAGCAACUAGGAUGGUAGUUUUUCUUUUCUCCAUUAAACGCGUAUAUUCUUUUCAACAUCUUAGAUGUAUUAUAAAAUGUUUAGUGCCUAUUUGUAUUGUUAUGACUCAGUGCUAGUGGCAAACCAUAUAAGAUAUUACCCUUUCAUUUGGGAUAGUCGAUGGGUCCAGCAAAUGCCCUUGUGCCUGAAUUCCCUCUCUCUGAAAAGGCUUUAGUGACUUGGCUAAAUACGUUGCUGACUUCCCCAUUUAUUGCACCAAAAGUACAUUAUGAUUUGAGUAUAUAUAAAUGAUUAUGUAGGCAUUGAAAUGUGUGGGCUGGUACAAUCACUGCCUUCUUUUACAUUAAAUGUAUUGUUUCUUUUGUCAAAAGUACAAUAUUUUUCAGUAAAUGGGGAAUGAUCCCCAUUGGUUUCGAGGAGUAACAAUUUGCAGGUGGUGUUAUAUUUCAUGAAGCAGAGGACUGUGUGCCCUAGUAGAAAGUAAUGACAGUAAAUUCCACUUCUCAUACUACGUAAAUAACGUGGCUUUAGAGUGGCAUGGGUGUGAGAAUUUCAGUUAUGCUUUUCUGAGUAUUUCCCCUGUAAAAUGUGCUCUAACCAAGCAGAUUGGCACAGUUUGCUGUGAUAUUGUUAACAUGGAGUUGUGCAGCCUUUUACAAGCCAAUGUAAAAUAAGUCUUGUUGUCACAAAUGUCUUGGAUAAUGGAAGCAAAUGCCUGCACCAAAUGUGUAGAAGAGACAAUCAUAAUUUCCCUGCCUCUGGUUAAAAAUUGUUGUACAGUUCUGUGAAAGCAGCCAUAAAUCUCAUCCCACAUUCUUCCCAGGAAUUUGCAUUGUUAGUGUUUUCCUGUCAGUUUCUCCCACUCUAUCAAUGGGUGCAACAUCCCUCACCCCUACUCUAGGGCAAAGUUCUUAGUUUUUCAACCCAUCAGCUACAAAUUAUGUAAAGGAAUAUUAUCUGUCGUAAGAAAAAAAAAUGCCCUACAUCUACAAAGCCUUUAGAAGGAGUCAAUAAGUACAAAAAAUGCUUAAUCCAAAGAUAUCCAGAAUGCUUAUAAUAUUAAGGAACACAAAGAUUUAAAAGAUUCCAACCCCAAUUUUUCCACUAAUAACAGUGUAUUUACAAGGUUAUAAGCUUGAAGUAUAUUUACGAGGUUAUAAGCUUGAAGUAAGUCUCUUCUUUUUAGAGCAGUUGUGUUCAUUUCCUGACCUUUAUAAACUUCUUGUGAUUUCACAGUUAUUUCUGUGACAACAAAAGUCUGUUGCUUUGGCAAGGAGUUACUACGAUACAAAAAGCUGAUGCCCUGGCUUUGUGCACUUUACAAUGAAAUUAGCAAGUAGGUGAUGAACUAUAAAUAGACUAAAAUGAACUGCAUGUAAAUACUACAUUUCUCAAAUAUUUUUUUUUUUUUUUAUGACAAGAAAAUUUGUUUAAGUGAAGUAAGAUUAAAGAGUAUCUGUGAUGAUAUUGGGGGAACUGUUGUUGGUUUCAUGCUGGAAAGAGUAAGGCAUUUGUAUGUGCAUGUGUUUUAAGAUGUGCCAGCAAUGAGUAAAAUGGCCACUACUGAUUGGAUGGUUAGCAAACUGAUUUUGCAGCAUGCAGUAAACCAUGUAGUAUGGUGACACUAAGGAGUAAGGAGCACUGCAGAGAAAAGCAAGUUGAAAAGAGGGUUCCCUAAUGAAAUGCCAGCACUCGAAAUGCUGA